AUGAAUCAAACUUUUGGUAACUCCGAUAUUCACUACAAUAAGGAUUUUGAUGAAGUCGAUGCUGAUGGUGUCUUGGUCAUUAACAAGAAGAACAGAGACCAAGCUAGAUAUCCAGAAUUCUUACCUACUUGGGAUCCAUCCCAAAAGCUUCCACCUUUGAAGUUUCAAAAACAUGAUGAUCCAGCACUCAGAGCUGACCCAAGCUUCCCAAACUUAUUCCCUAAAGAUAAAGAUAUUACUAUCAAAAAAGUAACUCCUAAAUUUGGUACUGAAGUUGAUGGUGUUCAAUUAUCGCAAUUAACUGAUAAGGGUAAAGAUGAAUUAGCUUUAUUGCUUGCACAAAGAAAAGUUUUGGUUUUCAACGAUCAAGACUUUGCUGAUAAAGGUCCAGGAUUUGUUACUGAAUUCGGUAAAUAUUUUGGUAACUUACACAUUCAUCCAUCUUCUGGUGCUCCAAAGGGUCAUCCAGAAUUACAUAUCACCUAUAGAAGACCACAAGAAGGUGAAUUAAAGAAAAUUUUCGCUCACAAGACUACCAAUGUUGGUUUCCAUUCUGAUGUUUCUUAUGAAAUCACUCCAUCUAAAUUCACUAUUUUCCAAGUUCUUGAAUCUGGUGAAGGUGGUGACACUGUCUUUGCUGAUACUGUCGAAGCUUAUAAGAGAUUAUCUCCAGCUUUCCAAAAGAGAUUAGAAGGUUUACAUGUUUUACAUACUUCUGAAGAUCAAGCUGCUAACUCAACCCUCCAAGGUGGUGUUGAAAGAAGAAAAGCUGUUUCUAAUAUCCAUCCAUUAGUGAGACUCGAUCCAGUAACUGGUGAAAAGAGUCUUUUUAUUAACAAAGCUUUCGGUCGUAGAAUUGUUGAACUCAAGAAAGAAGAAUCUGAUUUCUUAUUAGAUUUCUUACAUAACCAUAUUGUCACUGCUCAUGAUUUACAAUUAAGAGUUUCUUGGGAAGGUGGUAACAGAAAGAAAGUUGCUUUCUUCCAUAAUAGUGGUGUUUCUCAUACUGCUAUUUUCGAUACUGAAGAUGGUUUUGUUAGACAUGCUUACAGAGUUUCCGUUCUUGGUGAACGUCCGAUUCUGGAUAUCAAAGAUUAUAACAAGGAAGAGUACACUCCUGGUGAUGUGCAAGCUGCUUUGGGUUCAAUCAAGCCAACCUAA